GGUUCGGUACAAGGAGAGUGUACACACGUAUGUUUCCCAGAUCCCUAGUUAUUUUUGUACGGAAGUCGUUAUUCAUCUAAGGUUCUUUUAACGAGAAUUUUUUGGUUACACCGUUAUCAAGCCUUGUCCGUGAAACUGCUAAUUAAUCAACGCUUUUGACAGCGUUCUUGUAAUCAAUUGCGACAUCUUUAACCCGCGCGAUCCAGAGAAAGGUACUUUCAAGAGUUGGUCUUCGUGUUGUGAUCACAUCAUGGCUGCCGAUCUCACGACUGCCGAUGUCUACGAAGAUGCUUCUCUCAUUGGGCAAGAUAUUGAGAAAAUUAUCGAACGUUUUGGACACGACGCAAUGAUGGAUUUGAUGCCUAAGAUCAUUCGUGUGCUCGAGAAACUUGAGAUCGUUGUCGGUGAAAGAGAAAAGGACAAACUCGAGAUCGCUGAACUGAAACUAGAAAAUGAAAGGCUCUACUUGGACAUUAAGCGAGAGGCAAGUCAGCGUAGGAAACUAGACGAGGAGCUGUAUCAGCUGUCCUCAACAGGGGAAACAGACAAUCUUAAAACCAUGUUAAUAAAGUUACAAGAGGAAAACAAAAAACUGAGAAUGCAGUUUGAAGUAACGGCUAGUACUCAACCAGCUACGGCUUAUAUAAGCGCGCCAGGUGAUGCUGAGUUGAUGCGCAAGAUGAAGGAGACAAUUGAUAAUCAAAGGGACACCAUAAGAAGUAAAAACAUGGAGAUCGAUAGCUUAAGAAAUGACCUGCAAGCGAUGGAAGAGCAAAUUGAACGGCUGACCACCAUCAAUGAGAGUGUUCGAAAAACCCUGGGAGCCAGCAAGACACGAAUACACACUCUAGCCCAAGAAAAGGCGGAGUUGCAAACAGAACUGCGCGCACUCAGACAUAAAGAUGACACACCGCUGCAAAGCGACGAGAGUGGUGCUGAGGAUAUAGAGGGAUUUAUGGAUUCCUUCAGUGAAGAACAUGACGCUAAAGAAGAGGAAGGAGAGGGAGUUGACGAGGAAACAGUUCAAAAUUCUGAAGGAAAUACUGAAGACGUCGCACCUUUAAGCAAUGGCAAGCCUCCGCCAAAACCACCACGACUACAACUUGAAAGGGAAGAAAAUGCGGACGUUUUGAACAAUAAUGAAAAUAAUGUCGGAAAUAACAAGGCGAAUGUAAUAGAGGGUGGGAAAGAAAACGAAAUGAUGGUAGGGCAGAAUGGAAACGAUGAGGAAGAGGAAAACAGAGGUGACUGGGAAAUUGUUGGUCGGACAACGAAAACGGGGUACAACAGUGAAAAAUCGCACGAGGAAAGAAAAGAAAGACGCGCAGAAAAUCAACGACAGGGACGAGCAGACGGCAAGGAAAAUAAAGAUCCAAACCGGCCUCGAUAUACCAAGGCAGAGAUGCUGGAGAUUUUAACUGAAAGAAACAACUUGAAGGAAAAAGUAUUCGCUUUACAAGACGAGCUCAGAAUUUACAAACCCGGGUAUGCUGAAGAGGACGAAUAUGGUCAUCCAGCAAGAAAAAUGUCUUCACCCAGAGUGACACCAAGGAAAGAAGAAUCCGGGAUUUCAAGAAUUUUCAGCAUAUUCACUCGGAAAGGAGACCAUUGAUUCUUCAAUCGAAGUUGACAACCAGAUUUUGACAGGAGUAUGAGUGUGUUAAAGACGAAACCUUGGAGCAUUAAAGGAUUUCGUCCCGUAAGGAGUAUAAAGAAAAUUGUUUGCAUGCAUUGGACGACCUGUUGCUGUUGAAGGUGUCGGACAAGACGGACAGUGGUCUCCAAUUAUUUUUCUUAAAUCAAUGUUGUACGUCUAAACACGAACACGCUCCAAAGGCUGUACGAAGUAACGUCGUUACUUUCGUUACUUAGAAACGCGCUGACCCAAAAACGAUAUAGCGGGCCCUCGCCCUCCCUAAAAAUAAACGACUGCAGUUGGUUCGCGAUUUCAAGGCUGAAUAUUCGAUUAUAUAACCCUCUAACCAAGUUUACAUUCUUGGCUUGUUCAGUAUUUUUCAACAAAGUGGGACAGGCAUUAGAUAGCUCGCUGUUGAUUCGUACUGAGAGCAACGUUUGUUUUUGGCAGAUCCUCUUUAAAGCGCCCGAAGUUCAAGUAUCCAAUCAAAAUGUAAUACGACCGCUCUGUCAGCUCGUCUCCUUAAGAAAACUUGAUGGAUCAGUUUCGAACCAGUUCUCGUAGAAACAGAAAUCUGACGGAAAUAAUCACAAAUUUACUGAGAUAAGCUUAUGUACGGUUUCAAGGAACAUUUGCAACUGAUUAAUUAUUCAAUUGGUUAUAGAUUUUGCGAUGAAGAUAAUAUUUUAUUAAACUUGAUGAUUUUUACAAUAAACGAAUAUAGUUUUAUACAACUGAGAGAAGUUCUAAUUGUUGUAAGGACGAUAUUUUGGUAGACCUACAAAUCCCUUUUGCAGUUGUGCACGAAUUGUCGAUAAUUUUUUUAGAUUUGUGUCAAAACGUAAGUUCGUAGUAAAAGUAUUGGGCAAAAUAA